AUGCGUGUUGGGACUGAACCCUUACCUUGUGAUGUUAAAAUAUUAGGAGCUAUUUUCUCCCAUCCUUACUUCUGCAGUUCGGAGCCAAUUGGAUCUGAAGUUGUUACCGGGCACAAACAACGUUUGUUCUGUUUAGUUUGGGACUUUGUGUACCCUUCUGCGUCGGGUGGCAUUGAUAACCCCAUGGUCAACCCCUUCGCUCCUAAGGCACCAAGCUUGGAUGGACUUGGGUGUUCCAAGAUUAUUGUGUGUGUGGCUAGCGAGGAUAAAAUUAGGGAUAGAGGGGUUUGGUACUUGGAGGGUGUGAGAAAGAGUGGGUGGCAAGGAAAACUGGAACUGUUUGAAGAGCAAGUGAUGAAAACGAAGAGUGUAAUUUUGACAUAG